AUUGUCCGCCAUGGCUCCGCUGAAAAAGCAGACCCCCAAAGGUGGCAAGAAGAAGAAGCAGGUCCUGAGGUUCACCCUGGACUGCACCCACCCUGUGGAAGAUGGCAUCAUGGAUGCUGCCAACUUUGAGCAGUUCCUGCAGGAGCGAAUCAAGGUGAACGGAAGAGCAGGAAACCUCGGCGGGGGCGUGGUCACCAUCGAGAGGAGCAAGAGCAAGAUCACUGUGACCUCGGAGGUGCCCUUCUCCAAAAGGUACCUGAAGUAUCUGACAAAGAAGUACCUGAAGAAGAACAACCUGAGAGACUGGCUGCGUGUGGUUGCUAAUACCAAGGAGAGCUACGAACUUCGCUACUUCCAGAUCAACCAGGACGAGGAGGAGGAGGAAGAUGAGGAUUAAGCCCCACGCCUGUCACUUUUGUAUAUUCAAUAAAUUCUUAAAAUAUUUCCA